AUGUCUAGCCUAGAGGAUCUGAUCCCUACAGUUAACAAACUGCAGGAUGUAAUGUAUGAUGCUGGUAUUGAUACUUUAGAUCUGCCCGUAUUAGCUGUUAUCGGAUCACAAUCGUCUGGGAAGUCAUCGAUCUUAGAGACUUUGGUUGGCAAGGACUUUUUACCAAGAGGGACUGGCAUCGUUACCAGAAGACCAUUGGUUUUGCAGUUGAUUAAUAUCCCAGAGGAUUCAUCUUCGAUCCCUGAAGUCGAUGAACAGAAAUCAGAAUCCCAAUCGCCACGCGAGAACGAUGACAGUAACGAAAUGACUUUGGAGCAACAUUUGAGGAAAAAUACAGGCUAUCAAUCAAAUUCGGUAGUUGAAUGGGGGGAAUUUUUGCAUAUACCUGAUCGUCGUUUUUAUGAUUUCAAAGAAAUAAAGCAGGAGAUUGAGAAUGAAACAGCUCGCAUUGCUGGGAAGAACAAGGGAAUAAGUCGAAUCCCGAUUAACCUUAAGGUUUUUUCACCAAAAGUUCUGAAUUUGACCUUAGUGGAUCUUCCAGGAAUUACGAAAGUUCCAAUUGGGGAGCAACCCGCUGAUAUUGAAAGGCAAAUAAAAAAUCUGAUUUUGGAAUACGUCGCAAAACCCAACUGUAUAAUACUCGCAGUUUCCCCUGCUAAUGUGGAUCUAGUUAAUUCAGAGUCGCUAAAACUUGCCCGCGAAGUAGACCCCUUGGGGAAAAGAACAAUUGGUGUCAUUACAAAACUGGAUCUGAUGGAUAGUGGUACUAAUGCGUUAGAUAUCCUUUCUGGAAAGCUUUAUCCGCUAAAGCUUGGCUUUGUCGGAAUUGUAAACCGCUCCCAACAGGACAUCUUGCUCAAUACCACUGUCGAAGAAUCGUUAGAUAAUGAGGAGCAAUUUUUUAGUCGUCAUCCUGUUUACAGAACUAUCUCCACUCGUUGCGGUACAAGAUACCUAGCAAAGUUGCUUAAUCAAAUUUUGAUGAAUCACAUAAGAGACAAAUUGCCAGAUAUAAAAGCAAGGCUGAAUACGCUCAUAGGACAAACAGAGCAAGAACUAGCUACUUAUGGAGGUACAGGGAUAAUAACAAAUGAAAACAAAGCAGGGUUGGUUCUCCAAUUAAUGAAUAAGUUUGCGACUAAGUUCAUUUCAUCCAUUGAUGGAACGUCUUCAGAAAUAAGUACUAAGGAACUUUGUGGUGGGGCAAGAGUCUACUAUAUCUACAAUAACAUUUUCGGGCACUCUCUGAAAUCUAUCAACCCUACAGCUAAUUUAUCCACCUCUGACAUACGGACUGCCAUAAGAAACUCCACGGGGCCAAGGCCAUCACUUUUUGUUCCUGAAAUGGCGUUUGACCUGCUCGUGAAGCCUCAAAUUCAUCUGCUACUGGAACCUUCCCAACGUUGUGUUGAACUGGUUUAUGAGGAAUUAAUGAAGAUUUGUCAUAAUUGUGGCUCGCCUGAGCUAGCUAGAUAUCCUAAAUUGCAGUCAAAGCUUAUUGAAGUUGUUAGUGAUUUACUCAGGGAACGAUUAGGACCCACGAGAUCAUAUGUUGAAAGCUUGAUUGAUAUUCACAGAGCAUACAUCAAUACAAAUCAUCCAAAUUUUCUCAGUGCUACGGAAGCAAUGUCCGACAUCAUUGAGACAAGGAGGAAGAAACGGCAAAUUUUGAAAAGAAAGCAAGGAAGUUCGCCGGGUGAUCAACAAGAUUUGCCAAAUCAGCAUUCCGCGGCGGCGAAACAAGGAAGCGUUCAAAGUGGUACUUCGAAAUUGGAUUCAGACACGGCUGUCACAAGUGAGAGUGACUCCGAUGAAGAUGAACAAAGAAGUAUGAAGCAUUCGAAAGACUCAUUUUUGAACUACUUUUUUGGUAAAGACCAGAAAAUGGGAACUGAAUCAUCAUUAUUACAAAAUAAACCUUUCCAAGCGUAUACUGGUUCAAAUACCAUUGAAGGGCAAAUUACACUGGAUUUGCACAAUUUACAGCUUUCAGACCCUUCCAGCGAUAAUUCGCCAUCAGAUUUACCUGAACUGAGCGAGAGAGAAGAACUUGAAUGUGAGUUAAUAAGAAGGCUAAUUGCUUCGUAUUUCGGUAUUGUUAGAGAGAUGAUCCAAGAUCAAAUUCCUAAAGCGGUCAUGUGUUUAUUAGUGAAUUUCUCUAAGGAAAGUGUGCAAAAUAGGCUAGUAACUAAGCUUUACAAAGACGCAUACUUUGAUGACUUAUUGAUGGAAGACCAAAAUUUGGCGCAAGAUCGCGAAAAGUGUGUCAAACUGUUAAAGACGUAUAAGGAUGCCUCAAAUAUUAUUGGAGAUAUCUUAUAA